AUGGCAGCCGAUCAAGUUUUUGGAUAUCCGUGGGAUGGUGGAUCGCCUCUUUCGGCUAUUGGUGACGAUUCGGGAUUGGAGUUAACCGAAAGAAGGCCACACCAUUUGUUGCGACCCGUCUACAUCAAUGCGGUCGAAGUUGGAUUUGCAUACCAUCAAGUGGAUCGGGAUCGACGAUUGCAUGUGCGUGGUGUGACCAUUGCCCUUUGGUAUUUCAUCUCAAAGGGGCAUCAGGUGAUCGCCCUUCUGCCACAUUGUUUUAAGAUCUACACGGAAAAAAGCUCGAAUUGGACCGAAUUGAUGCAUUUAUUCCGAAUGAAUUUGAUCGAAUUCACGCCAGGUUUUGGCUCGGAGAAGUACAUUGAGGUGAAUCGAAUUCUGGCAACAAGAGCACGGGAGACUGGAGGAUGUGUAGUGGCUAGGAGUCAGAUGCACGCCAUUUUGGACGAGAUUCCGCAACUUGACAAAACUAUUGAGAAACGACUUUUGAUGCCCGCUUUUAAUGGGGACGAUUUGAUCUUUCCAAUGGAUGGACCCUUGGGUAGAAAUGGACCAACUUUGAAUUCAACACUCUGCUGUGAUCCGGCUGACAUUGAAUGGGGACGAUGCUCACAUCAUCAAUUAACUCUACAUGAUCAGCGCACUUGGGUUCAACGAUUGACGGCUGUUGUUUCAUCAAAAUCCACUUGGACUGCAUUGGCCACCAAGUUGAACAACUUUGAGCCGAGCACUGCAAUCAACUUGAAGAACUUGCCGAUUCGUCCAAGCACGUCACUCCAUUUAAAAGUGCGUCCACCCGAGUCGAACCCGCCAGAUGGACGAGGAUUCAGCCAUGAGAGACGAGCAAUGAGAAGAAAUGAACAAGACCUCUACUACUUGCCAAGCUCGGGUGGAGAUCAACAAAUGAGCCCACAUAUGGCCCCAUCAUCCAGAACGUUGGAUGACCUCUUUUUGCCUGAAUACGCUCAAGACAGCCUUAGCUUGGAAAAAAGUGCAUCGACACCAUCUGAUGAGAAUAGCCCGACAAAUGGCUAUGGUGGUGGUUUUGGAAAUUUUCAGCAAAAUGGUUAUAUGAAUGGUGGCUUCCGAACUUACCAAAACAACAAUUGUGGAAAUCAUUAUGGACGAUACAAUAAUCCUUCAUCGGCUUACAAUACCAUGAUUCGACGUCGAUUUGUGGGUCAGCCAUAUUGGCAGCAACGGGGAUUCCCGGGAGUUGGAAAUCACCCAAAUGGACAGAACAAUGGAUAUAUGAAUAACUGCAACAGCUUUAAUCGAUAUCGCUUCAAUGAGGAUUGUGGUACGUGUCAGAAUUGUCGUCAUUCUUGUCUCAACAAUCGAGUUCAGCCGAUUUACGAGAGACGCUAUGAUCAAAGAUCUGAUCGUUUCUAUGAGCGCCUUGGAGCUGUAGAUGAAUCUCCGAUAAGUCAAGAUCCUCGAUUCAGACCAAUUCGUCACAAUGACCUUUUUGAGGAGAAUAACGUAUGCGGUAUGGGCUCAACGAAUCACAAUGAAAACAAUGGUGGUUCACAGGCUAAUCGUGCUCCGUCUUUUGAGAUUCUUCCCACAUCAAGUACUGAAAACAAAGAAGUGUUUAAUCAAGUGGCUGCAAUACUUGGAUGGGAAAAGGCAAAAAUGAUUACUGAGCGAUAUCCUCAUGUGAAUUCGGUGCAAAUGCUCAUUGAGUACGCUUUUGAGGAUCCAGAUACUCCACCGGAUCUAGUCUUAUCAAGCGCUACUCAGGUGUUCGAAUCAGGCAUAGCACCAAUUCAACAAGAUCUCCAAGCGAAUACCGAUGAGAACAACAAUGUCGAAAUUCCAUCAUCGAACUCAAUUAAUGAAGGACAACAAAUUGAGAUAGAAAGUCAUCAGGAAGAAGCAUCGCUGAAUGCCCCAGAUGAAUCUACUCGUGACAUUGUCGACAAUUCACCACAACAAAGUAAUCAAAUUAACACGGUGGAAGGUGUGAAACCGCUGAAUGGAGGACAAGUUGAUGUUGGAUGGCAAAAGUUUGGACAGAGAGCCGAGAGGAAAUCGAGUGCUUUGAUUGUUCCUUCUCGUCGUCGCCUUCGUGCUACUCAAGCUUUGCCAGCUCUUCCACGGGCGGAGAAUACGGAAACAGAAGCUCUUCGAACUGCUGAACAGUCACCACCAAGUAAAUCAGUACAUACAGCGAUUCAACUGGACAUUGAAGAAUUGCCACUCAUCGAUCUCUCAUUCACAGGACAAGACGAGGAAACAAUCGAAUCACCAGUCUCAAUGUCAAACAUUCCCGACGAACUCGCCAAUGCCAAUUUU